UUGGUGAUGGACAGGGAAGCCUGGUGUACUGCAGACCAUGGGGUUGCAAAGAGUCGGACGCGACUGAGUGACUGAACUGAACUGAAACCACCUUGACAAAUAAUCAGAAUGAAUAUAAUCAAUUAUUAUAUUGUAAUCAUUGUAAUGAAUGAAAGUAUGUAAGUAAUGAAUGAAUGUAAUGAAUGUAAGUAAUGAAUCAAGUCAUGAUUUAUAAUUCAAGUUGUAGGAUAACAAGCACAUUCUAACACCUACUUUGAAGAAAUCAGUUUUUGGUCAUUUCAAGGACAAGGCUGAGGAAGACACAGUCACUGAUCCAACUUAGACCUGGCGAGCCUCCUGAGGAACCGGAAGGAUGCGCGGAACCGGUUGCAGCGGCGGCUUUUUUAUACGGAUGUACACGUCGUUUCACUUCGGCUGGACACCACAUAGGCCCGGGGAAGGGUUUUGCCGACGUACCCGGAAGGUUUACCGCGGUUUCCUCGGCGUUGGAGUGCUUGUGGAGCGGCGGGGUCUGGGAGCCAAAGAGACCGAGAUCUUCCCCGGCUCUCCGCCGAGCGCGGCAGCCAGGAUCGCGGCUGCGGGAGCAACGAGCCGGGACGAUCUCCUGGACAAGGACCAGGAGGAGAGGAAAACAAGAGAAAAAAAAAAGAAGUCUGGUCAUUCAAAAGAAAGAUCCAAGGAAAGGAGGAAGAAAAGAUCAUCUAAAAGAAACACAAGAAGCAUUGUGACAAUAGUGACAGCGACUCUGAUUCUGACACAGACUCCAGUGGUGUGGUUUAAGCGUAGAAGGACCAAGUGGAGGAACUGUCAGAGAGCACUGAGGUUCAGAGAUGCGCCCCCUCUGCGCCGGGCCCACCCUGUGGCCACCAACUGGGGUGGACCCUGCAACACCAUCCUCAUUCAGGAGCCGAAUUGGGUCUGGGUCCUUCUGGAGCCGAUGCCCCUGGAGCCGAUGCCCCUGGAGCCGACACCUCUGGAGCUGACGCCCCUGGAGCCAACGCCCCUGGAGCUGAUGCCCAUGCCGCCCAUGCCCCCCAUGCUGGCCUUGCUGCCCAUGCCACCAUUACCCCCUCUGUUUCUGCCUCUGCCCUGGUUUCUACCACCCCCCAUUCACCCCGGCUGCCCUCACAUGGCCUUGCCUGGUCCCCUACCACCAGUGGCCUUUCUGUAGCCCCGUUUCCUCUUGAAUGGUCUCCAAGACAGCUUUGUCGAAAGUGCCUUUGAGCCAGAUUGAAGUUCUGAUACCUCACCAUCAAGCACACAGUGCCUGCCAAGUGCCUGCCAAGUGUGUUACAUACACGUGCCGAGUCAUUGACCCACUAU